UCUCAAAUCCAAAUCUCUCAAAUUCUCAAUCACUCCAAGAUUUCAAUCAAUCUUUCUUCAUCCAUGGAUUGCAGACCUUUUGAAAUAACCCUGAUCGGCGCCCAUGACAUCAAGGACGUCAACACCUUCUCCAAGAUGGACGUCUACGCCGCCGUCACCGUCUCCGGCGCCGGCGUAAGGAAGCAGAAGCUCCGCACCCCUGUCCACAAAGACGGCGGCACCAGCCCCAAAUGGAACCACACCCUCAAGUUCACCCUCGACGACGCCGCCCUCGUCUCCGACCGCGUCAAGAUCAAGAUCAAGCUCGUCUCCGACCGCACCUUUGGCCCCACCAAGAUCGGAAAAGCCGUCGUUCCGGCCAAGGAGCUCUUGCAGAGCGAGAAGGCCAACGGCGAGAAACCCGUGAGCUACCUCGUCGUGACUCCGAAAGGGAAGACCAAAGGAAGCGUGAGCUUCGGCUACAAGUUCGGCGAGAAAUUCUCGGCGCCUUUACCGGUUCAGCACGAGGCCCACAAGAAAGCCCAUGAGCCCGUUAUGGCGUACCCGGCGGGCCAUGCCGGGUCGAGCUCGGCUUACCCGCCACCUGGUGUGGCCCACCCGGUUUAUCAGCCUUACCCGCCGCAGCCGCAACCGGGUUAUGGCUACCCGCCGCAGCAGCAGCCGGGUUACGGGUACGCGCCGCCGCCGCAGGCCGGGUACGGGUACCCGCCGGUGGUGCAGCCCGGUUAUGGGUACGCGCAGAAGCCGCAGAAGCCUAAGAGAGGAGGAGGGAACAUGGGGCUUGGGUUGGGAGCUGGAUUGUUGGGUGGUUUGUUGAUCGGAGAUAUGGUUUCCGACGUGGGUGACAUGGGGGCGUAUGAUGGUGGGUAUGGUGAUGGGUUCGAUUUCUAGAAUUGGGGGUUUUAUUUGUUUGAUUGGUUUUUUAUGUUUCUAGCAGUCUAGUUUUUCUAUGAGUAAUGUAAAUGUCAGAAGAAGGUUUUGAGGGUUUUAUAUGACGCUCAAUAAAUCAAUGGAAACUUCUUUGCAUAUAGAUGAUGCAUAUAUUUGUUUUCGAAACUAUUGUUGUGUUAUUUGCUUGUGUUUGAACUUUGAAGUUAGAAAUUCGCUUGGGAUUUAAGGGAUUGCUGAAGAACAAGGUUGAAGUUGUGGAAUUGUGUUGUGCUAUUGGCCAGAGAGGUGAAUCUGAUUGCAGGGAAUAUGUUCCAUUCAUUCACCUAGUUGUUUUGGAUGCGCGCUUCUUCUUCUUUUUCUGUGUCGAUG